UACGAUGAUGCUCUACUUUAGUGUUUCAGUGAGUAGUACAGACCUUUCCUCGCUCAUGGUUUGUUUACUGUGCUGCAAUUAGAGUUUUUGUUAUGCUUAAUCCCCUCACGGCCGCUUCCCCUGGAUUGCUCCUCCGGCCCCAGGGUGUGAAUGUGAAGCUAAUGAACAUGUUUCUGCUAUUUCUGUUCGUCUCGAUCGAAACGUUUGGCUACUGCUACUUAGGCACCAAACUCUCCGAUGAGAGUAUCAACGUGGGACAGGCGGUGUAUGGUAUCGAAUGGUACACACUUGAUUGUAGGAUGCAACGGAACAUCGGUUUUAUGAUAAUGCGUUCCCAGCGGCGAGUCGGUGUUACGGCGGCCAAGUUUUGCUUCGUCGAUAUGGAACAGUUUGGAACGAUGCUAAACAUGUCCUAUUCCUUUUUCGUGGUACUCAAGGACGCAUUUUGA